GUUUUAACAAAUUAGUUAGCCAAUGGUUGUAUAUUAAGUGAACACAUGUACGUAUGAACUCAUUGAGAAGCAAAUACAAUCUUCCAUCCACUUCAUCUCUCUCAUCUCUCUAUUUUCUAUAGCUAUUACAUUAAGAACUCAGCUCGGAUUAUUCCCCAUUCAUCUGAAAUCCCUGCAGUUCUUAGAAGCUUCUCAAAAUCAUAUUGAUUUUCUGAACCUUCAUCAUUGGUAUCAGAGCUCGGAAUUUCCUUGAAUCUGCUCAAAUUCCAAAAUGGUGCAAACACGUCAAGAUUCUAGUAACUCGGAAGAUCAGUUCAAAUCACUGGAACACAAAUUUCAGUUAUUAGAACUCAAUCAGCAGAAAACUACUCAACAAAUUGAAGUGUUGAUUCAGAAAAUGAGUGAAUUGAUACCUCCAAAGAAGAAGGAACCAGUACGUAUACAUGAGUCUAGUGAGGAAGGAAGCGACUCGGAUCAUGAAUUCUCUACAGGAAAAGGUGAGUUUUCACACGAUUCUAUCAAAAUUCUUCCUAAGAUAGAAUUUCCUCAAUUUGAUGAAUCCAAUGUACAAAACUGGUUAAACAAAUGCAAGAGGUAUUUCUCAUUGUGCAAAAUUGCUAAUAGCAAAAGAGUAGAUAUUGCUUCUUUGUAUAUGGUUGGAAAAGCUGUUGUGUGGUUUGAGGACUACAUAACUGGGAAGGAUAAUGUUACAUGGACUAGAUUUACUACUGAUGUCACUGCGAGAUUUAGAUCAGAAUUGAGUACGAAGGUAGUAGGAAGAUUUAAUAAAUUGUCUCAGGCUGGAAGCUUGGAGGAGUAUAUUGAUGAUUUUGAAGCAUUAAAGUCCCAAGUGUUGCAGGUUAAACCUCAUAUGCCUUCUGACUACUUCCUAGACAGUUUCAUUGGGGGUUUAAAGGACACUUUAAAACCCUUUGUUUAGGCUUUCCAUCCCACAAGUCUGAAUUCUGCAAUUGGAUAUGCCAGACUGCAGGAUGAAACAGUUUCAGCUAUAAAUACUCAACCAAGAACCAUAUCAAAUACCUAUAAAUCUUCUUCAGCAACAUUCAAACCCUACUUCCCACAACAUAACCCAAAACCAUUGUUACCUACUCCUACAGGCAAUCAACCUAACCCUUCAGCAUUCCAAAGGGACAAAUUUUCAGAAAAAACUUCUGUGGCAGAAAUGAUAGCAAGAAAGGAGAAAGGAUUAUGCAUGUAUUGUGGGGAAACUUAUACUCCCGGACAUCACCUUAAACACAGAAGAAUGGAAAUUAGAAUGAUGGAAUUGGAUGAUGAAGAAGAGGUAAAUGUGGAGGAAAUAGAAGGGGAACAUUUGGUAGAAGCUGAAAUGUCACUCAAUGCUAUGGCAAUUGGCAGGCAGUUCCAUACCAUGAGGAUUACAGGAAGUUAUAUGAACAAAGCUUUGCAUGUGUUCCUAGAUCCUGGUGCCACCCACAACUUUGUAGAUGAAAAAUGGGUUCACAAGAUGGGAAUCCCUACUGACUCAACUCAAUUAAUGGCUGUAAACACAGCAGCAGGAAGAAUGUUUGUCAGGUCAAUCUGCAAGGGGCUGACUUGGAAGCAGAUACAAAACACUGAAUUCACAACUGAUUGUUUUGUAUUACCAUUGGAUUUCUGUGACCUUGUAUUAGGUAUUCAAUGCACUAGUAAAAAAAUGACUUAUAGUGACAUUAAAUUAGUGUCACUAAAUGAUUUAGUGACACACUGAAAGUGUCACAGACAAACGGGGCAAGUGACACAAAAUUUAGUGUCACUGUUAACAAAUCACUUUUGUGUCACAAAAUCAUGACAUAUAAACAUCAUUGAGAACUGUGAUGCAUUUGCGUUGGUAUUCUUAAUGACUCCUAGAUAUCAUCUGAACUAAUGAUACAUUAAUAUCAAAAAAUGUUUUGACAAAUCGGUAUCAUACAUAUUUAUGACUCAUUGGUAUCAUGUGUGUGUAUAUCCAUAAUAAUAAAAUCAUAUUGAUAUUUACUAACAAGAUUAUAAUAUCUCAUAUUAGUAAAAUCAUACUGAUAUUUAUAAAUAAACAAAAUAUUAAACAAAAUAAAAAACAACCAUAUUUGAUAGGCCCAAUUUUAUUAUUCAAUUCUGAUACUUUAUCAUGUUAUUUUGGGCCUAUUUUAUUUCACUUUUGGGAAAUUAAUAGCUAAUGUAUACUUAACUUACUCUUUUAUUAGGAAGGGAUGAAAUCAGAUGGAAUCUUAACAUUUGGGGCCCAAUUGCAAGAAGUGGAUAAUGGAAGGAUAAAAAUCUUCAAAUCAGCACUUUAGCUAUCUGAUUGAGUCGUAUACUCUUCCUAAGAAUAUAAUUGGAAAGUUCAACCUCAAGCCUUGAUCAGCCUACACAUUCCUUUUGUGAGCAGCGGAAUUUCAGCACCGGUAGAAAUCAAUUCUGUAGCCGUUGGGGAUUAUCUUCCCAAUUAGGAAGAUCCAAAAAUCUGCCCAGUCCGGCCUAUAAAACGCAGCAGCGAAGCAACUAGAGGAAGGACGGAAGGGAAAACGGGAGAGAAAGGAAGAGGAAUCCAGCUGCUCCUUCAUCGAUCGUCUUCGGUUUUUCAUUCUCUUUUAAUUAGUUAGUUUAAUUUCAGAAUUCCUAGUUUUUGUAUUUCAAUUUCAGGACUUCUACCUUCAUGUCUAUGCUAUUGAAAAGUGAUUUCUUCUUUACUUCAAGUAUGAUUUUGGGCUAGAAUUUUAUCCCGAGGGAUUCGGUAUUAAAGCUUGGUGUUAAGUGAUUAUCUCUUGUGAUUGGUUCUUCGAUUUUAAUCGACAGAUUAUUUUUCCAAUUAAAUUUAUUUUAUGAAUUUCACUAAUGAAUUUUGCAUUGAGUUCAUGCUUAAUUCUUGUUAGGAAUCGUGUGAUACACCGAUGGGUGAGGCAUGAUACUGGAACCCGUAAAAUAAACAUGAUUUACCUAACUAGACAUAGUUAGCAAAUUGUGGUGAAUUUUAAUUGUUGCUUUUUGACUAGUUAAGUUUAGUGUUCAAUUGACGGAUUAACACUAGCUUAACCGGUACACGCUAAUAUCUCGACGGAGUAUUAUCAUAAUUUAGAACCAAUUGUCACUUUAAUUGUGUGAACCAACAUUGGGAUUUUCUAUUAAUAUCAAGUGUAUAACCCGAAUCCCGAGGGCCGUUUUAUCUAUUGUUUACUUACUUGAUUAAUUCUUAAUUCUGUUACUUCUCGCUCUUAUUUCAUCAAAAUCAAAUCAAAUUGAGUUUCUUUUUACUUAGUUGAUAGAAACUUAAACCAUUAGAGUUCAAUUUGCGCUCCUUGAGGGAUCGACCCUAGAAUACUCUAGGUUUUUACUACGACCGAUCUGUACACUUGCAGAAAAUAGCGGUCAAGUUUUGGCGCCGUUGCCGGGGAGCGCUUAAAUUGUGUCUUUUUGGUUUUGUUUCUGUUAACUAUUGUUUUUCUUUCUUCCAUUUUAUUCUCUUUUAUUAUCACUGCAUUAUGCUUCACAAUUUUUUCAGUAAGUGCAGAUUUUUAUGCGAUUAAGGGGAUCCAGAACCCAGCUUAACGCAGAUUUGGAACCCUUAGAUCUUGAGAUUGAACGUACUUUUAGACAAAGAAGAGCAAGAAGAAGGUUAGUUAUGGCGAACGAUAACAAUAAUAGGCAAGUUGUUGUCCCGCCACCUCCACGUUUGAGGGAUAUCCAGCGUCCGGUAAUAGCCGCCAACCCUUCUUGUAUUCUACUUUCUGAUGCCGCAAGAAACUAUGAGCUGAAAAAUAUCCAUCUUAAUAUGCUUCCCUCCUUUAAUGGACUGGGAACUGAAGAUGCUCUAGGAUUCACGCGUGAGCUUUAUAGUACGGUACAAACUUUUCCUUUAAAUAAUUUAUCCGAAGAUGAGCUUCGUAUGAGAUGUUUUCCUUAUUGCAUGAAAAGUGAGGCUAGACAGUGGUUGUUAAAUUUGCCAGAACACUCUCUAACCAAUUGGGAGCAAGUUUAUGAUGCUUUCAUGUUCAAAUUCUAUUCUAACCAGAAAACAAUGGAUUAUAGGAGUAGAAUUUGCAAUUUUGUUCAAGGGGAAAGGGAAUUAUUUCAUGAAGCAUGGGAAAGGUUUAAUUUAUUUUUGAACCAGUGCCCCCACCAUCAGUUUUCUGUGUUACUUUUAACUCAAUUUUUCUAUGAUGGUCUUACUCCGAAUUGCCAAACUCUUGUAGAUACUGCUUCUGGUGGUUAUACAGGAGAUAAAAAUGCUAAUGAGUUAUGGGACAUUUAUAAGAAUUUGGCUACUAAUUCUCAACAGAAGGCGAUGAGAGGUCGUAGGGCGCUUGUGCACGAAGUGAACGCCCAACCUGAUUUGGCCACACAAUUGGCUGAGCUAAAUAAUCAAAUGAAGUUGCUGAUGACUCGUGAGAGUCCAAGCAGCGAGGUAUGUGCUUUUUGUGGUUCAAUUGGACACAAUGCUAACUUAUGUAUUCAUGCAGGUAUGAAUCAACAACCUGGUGAAGAGGUGAACUAUAUGGGAGCCUAUGGAAAUAAGCAAAAUCAGCCGCAAAAGAACGACCCCUUCUCAAACACAUAUAAUCCAGGUUGGCGGAGUCACCCUAACUUCUCAUGGAAGGAUCCGGGCAAUGCUAGGCCAGUGGGACCUCCUGGGUUCCAGCAAGCACAAGUUCCCCCAUUUCAGCAACAAGUAAUGCCUCCAUAUCAGAUCCAAAUGCCAGCACAAAAGCCGCAAUUUGAAGAAUUAGUCGUGCAGUACAUGGCGAAUCAAGAUGCAACCAUGAAAAAAAUGGAUGCUAAAAUUGACAAGGUGGUGCAAUCUAACCAAGCUUCGAUUCAUACUCUCGAAGUGCAAGUUGGGCAAUUAGCUAGAAUGGUAACAGAGAAGGACAAAGGCAAGCUUCCAGCAAGCACUGAUGUUAAUCCAAGAGACGCGAUGGCAGUCACAUUAAGAAGCGGAAAAAAACUGCCUAACACUAUUCAUGAGAGAGCUCCAGUCAAGGAAAAAACUGUCCAAAAUCAAGUUGCUGCACAAGAGGUAAUCGGAGAUCAAGAUGACUCGACAUUCACCAAGAAUGACGUGGUUCAACCAGCUGAAACCGAGGCAGAAAAGUCAUAUGUUCCUUCAGAGCCGUAUGUACCUCCUAUUCCUUAUCCACAGAGGCUGCGUAAGAGGAACCAAGAUAAUAAUUUUCAGAGGUUCUUAGAGAUCUUUAAGAAGUUGCAAGUCAAUAUUCCAUUUGCUGAAGCACUUGCUAGGAUGCCAUCAUAUGCCAAGUAUAUCAAAGAGUUGGUGUCAAACAAGAAGAAACUCGAGGAGUUUGUGACUGUCCAGUUAAGUGAAGAGUGCAGUGCCAUACUACAGAGCAAACUGCCACCAAAGUUAAAAGAUCCAGGGAGUUUUUCUAUACCCUGCACUAUUGGUAAUGUUGUUAUUGAUAAGUGCUUAUGUGAUUUAGGUGCUAGUAUCAAUUUGAUGCCUUUAACUGUUUGCAAAACACUUGGAAUUGUUGAUAUAAAGCCCACUACUGUUUCUUUACAACUGGCUGAUAGGUCGGUUAAGUAUCCGCUUGGUGUUGUUGAAGAUGUCCUAGUUAAAGUGGGUAAAUUUUAUUUUCCCGCAGAUUUUCUCGUGCUUGAUAUAGGAAUUGAUUCUGAUACUUCUCUUAUUUUGGGCAGACCUUUUUUAUUAACUGGCGGGGUUUUGAUUGAUAUGCCUCAAGGAAAAUUAAUUUUUCGGGUUGGGGUUGAAAAAGAGGAGUUUACUAUUACUAAGGCUGUUAAUUUCCCUGCUUUUGAUGAUUCUUGUUAUGCUUUAGACUCAGUUGAUUCUCUUGUUUCUGAAACUUUUGCUAAGCAUUCAUUUUGUGAACCUCUUGAAGCAUGUAUUGCACUUAAUUUGAAUGAAAAAGAGGAAGAUUCUGUUUUUUCUCAUUGUGUGAUGAGUUUAGAGGGUCGAGGUUCAUUAACCAGUAACUUUAGAAAGAAAUAUGAGGAUUUAGGUAGAAGCACCCCUCCCCUUCCUCCCUCACAUGAAUCACCUCCACAACUUGAGCUUAAACCUCUUCCUUCGAAUCUGAAAUAUGCUUUUCUUGGAAAUAAUAAUACUUUUCCAGUGAUUAUUUAUGCUUAUUUGAAGCAUGGAGAAGAGGAAAUGUUGCUAUCUCUUUUAAAGAAGUACAAGGCAGCUUUAGGGUGGUCUAUUGCUGAUGUUAAAGGUAUAUCUCCCUCGAUUUGCAUGCAUAAAAUCUUAUUAACAGAUGAUCAUACUCCUUGUGUGCAAGCCCAAAGACGUCUUAACCCUAAUAUGAAAGAAGUUGUGCGGGCAGAAAUCCAUAAGUUGCUGGAUUCAGGUAUUAUCUAUCCUAUCUCAGAUAGCUCGUGGGUUAGCCCAGUUCAGGUUGUUCCGAAAAAGGGGGGUAUUACGGUUGUUAGUAAUGAUAAAAAUGAAUUAAUACCUACCAGGACUGUGACUGGGUGGAGGGUUUGUAUAGAUUAUAGAAAGCUUAAUGCUGCAACCCGAAAAGAUCACUUCCCGCUACCUUUCAUUGAUCAGAUGUUAGAACGCCUAGCUGGUUAUGCAUAUUACUGUUUUCUUGAUGGUUUUUCUGGUUAUUUUCAAAUUCCUAUUGCUCCGGAAGAUCAGGAAAAAACCACAUUUACAUGCCCGUUUGGUACGUUCGCUUUUAGAAGAAUGUCUUUUGGUCUUUGUAAUGCACCUGCUACUUUUCAAAGAUGUGUGAUGUCUAUAUUUUCUGAUAUGGUUGGAGACAUUAUUGAAGUUUUCAUGGACGAUUUUUCUGUGUUUGGCAUGUCUUUUGAUUGUUGUUUGACUAAUCUGGAACGUGUCUUAGCGCGAUGUGUGGAAACUGAUCUUGUACUUAAUUGGGAAAAAUGUCAUUUUAUGGUCACUCAAGGUAUUGUUCUAGGACAUAAAGUUUCUGCCCAAGGAAUUGAAGUUGACAGGGCUAAGGUUGAGGUUAUUGAAAAGUUACCUCCUCCUACUUCCGUUAAAGCUGUUAGAAGUUUUUUAGGACACGCUGGUUUUUAUAGAAGGUUUAUUAAAGAUUUUGCUAAAAUUACAAAACCUCUCUGUAAUUUACUAGUAAAAGACACAGCUUUUCUGAUGGAUGAAAACUGUUUGCAUGCUUUUAAUGUUUAGAAACAAGCUUUAACUUCUUCUCCUAUUAUAGUUGCUCCUGAUUGGACUUUGCCCUUUGAAUUAAUGUGUGAUGCGAGUGAUUUUGCUUUAGGGGCAGUUUUGGGCCAACGAAGAGAGAAGAAAUUGCAUGUUAUUUGUUAUGCCAGUAGGGUUUUGAAUGAUGCUCAAAUUAAUUAUGCAACUACUGAAAAGGAGUUUCUAGCGAUUGUUUUUGCUCUUGAUAAAUUUCGUUCUUAUCUUGUUGGAUCAAAAGUGAUAGUUUUUACUGAUCACUCUGCAUUGAGGUAUCUUCUAUCGAAGAAAGAUGCGAAACCUAGACUAAUAAGAUGGGUUUUACUGCUGCAGGAGUUUGAUUUAGAAAUAAGAGACAAAAAGGGGUCGGAAAACCUUGUUGCUCACCACUUGUCUCGUUUAGAGCAUACACAAGCUGCUAUUUGUGAGAACCCAAUAAAUGAUGAGUUCCCAGAUGAGGGCCUUUGGGCCAUUGAUAAAUCUAUAGUUCCUUGGUUUGCUGAUUAUGUGAAUUUUCUAGUUUCUAACAUUGUUCCGCAGGACCUAAGUUACCACCAGAAAAAGAAGUUCUUUGCCGAUGUCAAGCAUUAUAUGUGGGAUGAUCCCUUGCUCUUUAAACGAUGUGGUGACGGAAUUGUGAGGAGGUGCGUGCCUGAGGAAGAGAUGGUCCAGGUUCUCAACGAUUGUCAUUCCUCGCCUUACGGUGGUCAUCAUGGGGCUGAGCGGACAGCAGCAAAAGUUCUACUGGCCAACUCUUUUUAAAGACACUAGGAGCUUUGUGAUGGCGUGUGAUAGAUGCCAGCGUACUGGAACCAUUGGUAAGAGGCAUGAAUUGCCUCAACAAGGUAUUUUUGAAGUUGAAUUGUUUGAUUUGUGGGGUCUGGACUUUAUGGGUCCAUUUCCUCCUUCCAAUGGUAAGCUUUAUAUUCUUGUUGCAGUCGAAUAUGUGUCUAAAUGGGUAGAGGCAGUUGCCUUACCCGAUAAUACCGCAAAAAGCGUGGUUAAGUUUGUUAGGUCUCUCAUAUCUCGCUUUGGUGUACCUAGAGCUUUCAUUUGUGAUAAUGGUGUGCAUUUUAAAAAUUCUCAGUUUUUAUCAUUGCUUUCCAAAUAUGGUUGUCAUCUCAAAUCUGGAACCACUUACCAUCCACAAUCAAGUGGACAGGUAGAGGUUUCCAACCGUGAGAUUAAGUCUAUUCUUGAAAAAACGGUUAACUCAACUCGGAAAGAUUGGUCAUUAAAGUUGCUUGAUGCAUUAUGGGCUUAUAGGACUGCCUAUAAAACACCCUUAGGGAUGUCUCCAUACAGGUUAGUCUAUGGUAAGUCUUGUCAUCUCCCGGUUGAGCUAGAACACCGUGCUUACUGGGCUGUCAAAACUUUGAAUUAUGACUUGAAAGCUGCAGGUGAAAAGAGAUUGCUUGAGUUGAAUGAACUUGAUGAGAUUCGUCGAGAAUCUUACGAGAACUCUCGAAUUUAUAAAGAAAGGACUAAGUCAUGGCAUGAUAAAAAAAUUCUACGGAGGGAGUUUAAGGAAGGGCAGGAGGUCUUGCUAUUUAACUCUCGUCUUAAGCUUUUUCCAGGUAAACUGAAAUCCAGGUGGUCUGGACCCUUUGUUGUGACCAAAGUCCAUCCUUAUGGAGCAAUUGAGAUCGAGGGCAGCGAGAAGAGGCCGUUCGUGGUUAAUGGACAAAGAUUGAAGCAUUUUUUUCGUGGGGAGACAGUUCCUAAUGCUGAGUCAAACAUCCCCCAUUCGGAUUGACGUAUUUUUUUUUUGAAGUGUCUAGCUCUAGACAUUAACUAAAGCGCUUAUUGGGAGGCAACCCAACAUUCAUUAUCUUAUCCUUUACUUUUCAGUUUUCCAGUUUCUAUUUUUUUCGUUUUCUGUUUUUUUUUUCUUUUCUUUUGUUUGCAGAAUAAAAGAUGAUCUGGUGCUGAAGCAUAGUCUGGAUAAACUCCAGCUGAUUUCUUCUGAUUAAAUACUUUGAGGGAGUACUCUUUUCCCUUCCUCUUUUGCUGUUAACAUUGUGGACAAUGUUGUGUUUAAGUGUGGGGGAAUUAGGUUGUUUGGUUUUGACCUUAAUUUUCAGUAGCUUUGAGCUUGAAUUCUUCCCCGGGGUGGACCUUUUAUGGCCAAUGAUGAGUUUAAUGCCUUGUUAGCACCAAUUUUAGUUAGUUUCAAACAUAAUGCUAGUUUUUUUUCAAUAUGUCAUUGCUAUUCACCAUUUUCACAUUUAAAAAUAGUUUGUUUGAGCUACUCUUGUUCUACUGUUUUUUGCAAAUAUCCCUGAAUUUUGAGCUUUCUCCUUGUUUUCCAAGUGUGCUGGGCAUUUUUUUUUAAAAAAAGUGUUAGUGCAGCUCUGCAAUUCAAUUGUGUUUUAUUGGGCAAGGUUUAUACUGCAGAAUGAUGAAAUAAUUUUAUGAAAAAGAAACACUUGCCUUUUAACUUUUGAAGUGCAGUUUGUGUUUUCCUUAGAAGGCUGCUAUCCAACUCGUUUUUGAUGUUAAUCGUACUAGUGUCCAGCUGAGUUUUAAAGUUCAGAUUCUGCGCUUUCUUUUAAUUCUUCAAGAAUAGCAUGGUCAUAUGGUUUAUACUAGCAAUGUGUUUGAGUAACUAAAGUUGAUUCUAACUUGGCAUUCCUGAGGUAAGUAAGCAAAGCAGACCAUGAGGGUCUUCCUGGGAGAACUCUGAGUAAUCUGGCUGUGCGCAAGUUGGGCUUUGCAUGCAUUCAUUUUUAUUGCUUGAGGACAAGCAAGACCCUAAGUGUGGGGGAAUUUGAUAGGCCCAAUUUUAUUAUUCAAUUCUGAUACUUUAUCAUGUUAUUUUGGGCCUAUUUUAUUUCACUUUUGGGAAAUUAAUAGCUAAUGUAUACUUAACUUACUCUUUUAUUAGGAAGGGAUGAAAUCAGAUGGAAUCUUAACAUUUGGGGCCCAAUUGCAAGAAGUGGAUAAUGGAAGGAUAAAAAUCUUCAAAUCAGCACUUUAGCUAUCUGAUUGAGUCGUAUACUCUUCCUAAGAAUAUAAUUGGAAAGUUCAACCUCAAGCCUUGAUCAGCCUACACAUUCCUUUUGUGAGCAGCGGAAUUUCAGCACCGGUAGAAAUCAAUUCUGUAGCCGUUGGGGAUUAUCUUCCCAAUUAGGAAGAUCCAAAAAUCUGCCCAGUCCGGCCUAUAAAACGCAGCAGCGAAGCAACUAGAGGAAGGACGGAAGGGAAAACGGGAGAGAAAGGAAGAGGAAUCCAGCUGCUCCUUCAUCGAUCGUCUUCGGUUUUUCAUUCUCUUUUAAUUAGUUAGUUUAAUUUCAGAAUUCCUUGUUUUUGUAUUUCAAUUUCAGGACUUCUACCUUCAUGUCCAUGCUAUUGAAAAGUGAUUUCUUCUUUACUUCAAGUAUGAUUUUGGGCUAGAAUUUUAUCCCGAGGGAUUCGGUAUUAAAGCUUGGUGUUAAGUGAUUAUCUCUUGUGAUUGGUUCUUCGAUUUUAAUCGACAGAUUAUUUUUCCAAUUAAAUUUAUUUUAUGAAUUUCACUAAUGAAUUUUGCAUUGAGUUCAUGCUUAAUUCUUGUUAGGAAUCGUGUGAUACACCGAUGGGUGAGGCAUGAUACUGGAACCCGCAAAAUAAACAUGAUUUACCUAACUAGACAUAGUUAGCAAAUUGUGGUGAAUUUUAAUUGUUGCUUUUUGACUAGUUAAGUUUAGUGUUCAAUUGACGGAUUAACACUAGCUUAACCGGUACACGCUAAUAUCUCGACGGAGUAUUAGCAUAAUUUAGAACCAAUUGUCACUUUAAUUGUGUGAACCAACACUGGGAUUUUCUAUUAAUAUCAAGUGUAUAACCCGAAUCCCGAGGGCCGUUUUAUCUAUUGUUUACUUACUUGAUUAAUUCUUAAUUCUGUUACUCUCGCUCUUAUUUCAUCAAAAUCAAAUCAAAUUGAGUUUCUUUUUACUUAGUUGAUAGAAACUUAAACCAUUAGAGUUCAAUUUGCGCUCCUUGAGGGAUCGACCCUAGAAUACUCUAGGUUUUUACUACGACCGAUCUGUACACUUGCAGAAAAUAGCGG